ACACCUCCUUCACUUCCACAUAACACAUCCUUCUUCUCAAUUUCAGCCUUUCACAACCUUUUAGCCUUUCUCUUUGUUCCUUCCAACCAGCUUUUUUCCUUGUCUACUUAUAUGGCUAACGACCAAAUGAAGCCCAUUGCCACCCUUCUUUUGGGGCUCAACUUCUGCAUGUAUGUCAUAGUUUUGGGCAUUGGUGGAUGGGCCAUGAACAGAGCCAUUGAUCAUGGCUUCGUCAUAGGCCCAGGAUUUGAUCUACCUGCUCAUUUUUCACCCAUAUACUUCCCAAUGGGAAAUGCUGCCACUGGAUUCUUUGUAACAUUUGCUUUGAUUGCUGGAGUUGCUGGCGUUGGAUCAUUAAUUACAGGAGUCAAUCAUGUCCGUUCAUGGACUUCUGAGAGCUUACCAUCUGCAGCUUCAGUGGCUUCCAUUGCAUGGGCUCUCACUGUUCUUGCCAUGGGUUUCGCCUGCAAAGAGAUCCAGCUUAACGUCAGAAAUUCUCGCCUGAAAACAAUGGAGGCUUUUAUGAUUAUCCUUUCUGCUACACAGCUUUUCUACAUAGCUGCUAUCCAUGGUGCUGCUUCAAUCAGGAGAUAAAUUUGAGAGUAUUGAUGUGAAGCUGUGGUUCUCAUUGUUUAUUUAUUAUUUUUCUACCCUCUUCUUUUUCUGAUUUAUUUAUUUUUUCUUUUCAAACGGGUGCGAUUUAUUAAUUACAUGAAUGGAUUUGUAUUGAGUAAGAAUAAGUUGUGUACAAAAGUAAAGAACAUCUUCUAUACCAUUUUCUUAUUUACUUUCUUCUUGAAUAUUCCUAGAACGCGUUAUGUCGACUACAGAGUGAUAACGAUAGAAAGCUAAAUUCAUUUUAGCUUUUAAUUUUCUUGUCUUACACUAUUUAUUGAAAGGAUUAUCCAAACAAAAAUUUUGAUACGGUUUUAAAAGCACCAACAAACUAUAGAAU